AUGUUCAACCGGCAAUGCAGAGCAGCGCUGCAGUCGUCGCAGCGUCUGUACGCCACUUCGCGAUACCAUGUUGCCACUUCCACCAACUACUCGACCGCUUCCCGUCGCAUUUCUUUGACACCGCUGUCUCUUCGCCACUCAGCUCUUGCCGCAUCGCGUGCGCUUAGCACCACUCCUGCCCGCAGGAAAGAUGACUCGGCAAAGAAGGUCGAUCCUGAAGACGAGGCACAAGACCAGGAGAACAAGGACACCAAGGACCGUAAGGACUCAUUAGAGCCUAUCAAGGAAGAGUCGCGUGCAAACGAAUCCACACCCAUUCCCGACGGCCGAGGAGCUUCUUCAGCAGGAGGCGACGGAGCACCAGCAGGCGGCGACAGCGGAAGCGGCGGUAGUGGACGCAAGCGCAAGGGCGGCGAGAAGGGUCUCGUCAAGCCUUCGGUCCCUGACGUUUAUCCCCAAGUCCUCGCCAUCCCCAUCGCACAGCGACCUUUGUUCCCUGGCUUCUACAAGGCCAUCACCAUCCGCGACCCUAAUGUCAUUGCUGCUGUCCAGGAGCUGCUCAAGCGUGGCCAGAGCUACGUUGGUGCUUUCUUGCUGAAGGAUCCCGAGUCUAAUACCGAUGUCAUCAACGACCCGAGCGAAGUCUACGAUGUCGGUACCUUCUGUCAGAUCACUGGUGCUUUCCCCGCUGGUCACGGCGACGAGAAGGCCCUCCAAGCUGUUCUCUACCCUCACCGCAGAAUCAAGCUCACCGAGUUAAUGCCUCCCAAGAAGGGCGAGACGACAACCGCAGAAGCUAAUUCUGGCGACGUGACUGCUAGCUUCGAGGAGUCACAUGUCGAGGCUCCUGGCGAGAAGAAGCAGGUCGCCCAGUAUGAGCCCACCGAUUUCCUCAAGACAUGGCAGGUCAGUUUAGUCAAGGUCGACAACCUCGCCGAUGAGCCUUUCGACAAGCGCACUCCUACUAUUCGCGCCUUGAUCUCUGAGAUCGUCAACACCUGCAAGGAAAUUGGCAGUGUCAACCAACUCUUCCGCGAUCACGUCUCCGCCUUUGCCAUGUCGCAAUCUGCCGCCAACAUUGCCGACGAACCCGCCAAACUCGCAGAUUUCGCUGCCGCUGUGUCUGGUGGCGAGAUGGAGGAGGCCCAAGAAGUUCUCACCAGCCUCAACAUUGAGCAGAGACUCAGCAAGGCUCUCGAGAUCAUCAAGAAAGAAUACAUGAAUGCACAGCUUAGCAGCAAAAUUAGCAAGGAUGUUGAGAGCAAGAUUCAGAAGCGUCAACGCGAAUACUGGCUCAUGGAGCAGAUGAAGGGUAUCAAGCGUGAGCUUGGUCUUGAGAGUGAUGGCAAGGACAAGCUGCUUGAAGGCUUCAAGGAGAAGGCUACCAAGUUGGCCAUGCCUGAGCCUGUCAAGAAGGUAUUCGACGAGGAGAUCAACAAGCUCGCACAUCUAGAGCCCGCUGCCUCCGAGUUCAAUGUCACAAGAAACUACCUCGACUGGCUGACUCAGAUUCCUUGGGGCAAGCGCAGUGCUGAGACUUUCGGCAUCAAGAACGCUAUGAAGGUGCUGGACGAGGACCACCACGGUCUGAAGGAUGUUAAGGACCGCAUUCUCGAGUUCAUUGCUGUCGGCAAGCUGCGUGGCACUGUCGAGGGUAAGAUCUUGUGUAUGGUUGGUCCUCCUGGUGUCGGAAAGACUAGUAUCGGAAAGUCGAUCGCUCGUGCUUUGAACAGACAGUACUACAGGUUCAGUGUCGGCGGUCUGACUGAUGUUGCCGAAAUUAAGGGUCACCGCAGAACUUACGUUGGUGCCCUGCCCGGACGCAUUAUUCAGGCCCUCAAGAAGUGUCAGACCGAGAACCCUCUGAUUCUCAUCGAUGAAGUCGACAAGAUUGGCCGCGGCCACCAAGGUGAUCCAUCCUCCGCUCUUCUCGAACUUCUUGAUCCCGAACAAAACAACUCUUUCCUCGAUCACUACAUGGACGUCCCCGUCGAUCUUAGCAAAGUCCUCUUCGUCUGCACAGCAAACAUGACUGACACAAUUCCCCGACCUCUCUUGGAUCGUAUGGAGAUGAUUGAGCUGUCUGGAUAUGUGGCCGACGAGAAGAUGGCCAUCGCCGAGCGUUACCUCUCUCCAGCUGCAAAGGAUCUUUCCGGUCUCAAGGACGUAGACGUCGAGAUCGAGAAGGAAGCCAUUGCCGAGCUCAUCAACAAGUACUGCCGCGAAUCCGGUGUACGUAACCUGAAGAAGCAGAUCGAGAAGGUAUACCGCAAGUCUGCUCUCAAGAUCAUUCAAGACCUCGGCGAAGAAGCCUUUGCCGAAGAAAAGGCACUCACACCCGAAGGCAAGGAAGCACAAGCCGCAGCAGCAAAGGACACUUCCGACCCUAAGGACACGCCUACAGACAUGGAAAAGGAAACCACAGAGACACCCCGUGUCGCUCUUUCUGUACCCUCAUCUGUAAACGUGCGCGUCACAAAGGACAACCUUAAAGACUACGUCGGUCCCCCAGUCUUCACCGCCGAUCGCCUUUACGAGACCACUCCUCCCGGUGUCGCUAUGGGUCUCGCCUGGACAUCAAUGGGCGGCGCAGCCCUCUACGUCGAAACAAUUCUCGAAUCCGCAUUGUCAGCUCACUCUCGCCCCUCCCUCGAACGCACCGGAAACCUCAAGGCCGUGAUGAAGGAAUCGACAUCCAUCGCCUACUCAUUCGCAAAGGGCUUCCUCGCCAACCGCUUCCCUGACAACAAGUUCUUCGAGCACGCGAGAGUGCAUAUGCAUUGUCCCGAGGGUGCUGUGCAGAAGGAUGGACCCAGUGCUGGUAUCACGAUGGCUUGCUCACUUAUCUCUCUCGCCCUCGGAAAGCCCCUUGAGCAGACUGUGGCUAUGACUGGUGAACUCACCGUUACUGGAAAGGUUCUUCGCAUUGGUGGACUCAGAGAAAAGACCGUAGCGGCCAGACGUGCCGGAGCCAAGAUGGUCAUCUUCCCCAAAGACAACCUUAGUGAUUGGCUUGAGUUGCCUGAGAACAUCAAAGAAGGCAUCGAAGGCAAGCCAGUAGCCUGGUACAACGAAGUCUUUGAGCUGGUCUUCCCCGGCGUCGACGCAAAAGCUGCAAACAGCAUGUGGAAGCAGCAACUGAAAAAGGAGAAGAAAGAUAAGAGGGACAAAGAAGACAAGGAUGAAGAAUACGAUUCUGAUUAG